AUGAGGCAUCUCUUCGUAGUUUUGCCGGCUCUCCUGGCAGUUGCUCUUUCUCAAGAUCAUUUUAUCGAUGUCCGAUCACUUGUUAGAGAUACAAUUGAUGCAAUUAAAGAGGUGCCAGAAAUAAUGAAGAGCCAAAACCAGACAUCCACUAGUGUUGAACCAGAUGUUUCCACUCCAGAACCACAGAAAGUCGUGAAGGCUCGUGAAGACGUCUAUGAUUCUCUUUUGAAGCUUCCUGCCGAUAUCAUGUCUCAACUUGCCAGAGAUGCAGGAUUCGUCAGUGAGAAGGAUAUGAAGAUGCAGCCAGAAGCUGUGGCUGAAAAGAAGAAAGAAGAGGUGGAGAGAGUAGAGAAAAAGAAGGAUGAUGAGGAGUCGUACAGCUUCAAGACGGUGGACGACGUGAAGGCACAAGAACAGAAAGCACUUAAUGAUCGUCCAACUCUCGCUGCCAAGAAAGUUGAGGAUGACGAGGAUAUCUUCUCCAUCUCCAAACUCAUCUCAGCUACUGGAAACGCUAUCCGAGAGGCUCAGGCAGCUCAAGCAGCUCAACAACCACAAAAGACCCAACAACGACCUCAACAAGAGCCAAUGAUUACCCUACCACCUUUGGUUCCAUUGCCUCCUGUUCCACUUCAAAUGCCCGCUCUUCAGAUGGCUGCAACUGCCGCUAAACCAGCCACUGAAAUCAUGUAUCGUCCAGUCACCAAAGACGGAAAAACUGUUUAUGAACAGGUUGUUGUUGUGAAGGAUGUGAAUGGAUCGGUCAAAAUUCUUCCAAACACCUUACUUCCACAGUUACCUGAAGAACCAAAGAGAGUUGAGAUUAAACAAGUGGUUCGUAAAUCCGACGCUGCUGAGUUCUUGGCCCCAACUUUCCCACCAAUGGUGAAUCUGUUUACGGAUCCAACUACAACCACUACAAGCACCACAACUACUGAAGAACCAGAAGUGACAAGCACUGAAGUUCCAAAACCAAAACGCAAGUCUCUUCCAAGAAGAAAGAUUCAUUAUCUUGAAAAGAAGGCAAAAGAUAUGCAUUCUCGUCAAUUCGGAGCAAAAACUGUUCAGAUGAGCGACCCAAUUGAGAUUCAAGCUCAAGAAGAGCAGGAGCCAAUCAAUCUUCUUCAGAAAGAAGUGAGUAAAAUCUCUUUAACUGAUUUGUUUGUGACUAACUGUUCCACUCUCACUUAUCUAACUCUCGUCUCUCAGGGAAGCGUUCGUGUAUACACCAUCAACCGUAAAAAGAAGAUUCGAAAGCCACGUAUCGUCAAAGUUGAAGAAAACGAGAAGGUAGAGGAAACGCAAUUCGUUGAGGAGGAGCAAGAGGAAACAACUGAGCCACCAAAGAAGAAGAGAAAGCUAAGAAAGAGUCACAAGAAGGAAAAGAAGGAGAAGAAGGAGAUCAGAACUUUCCCAGAUCUUUACGAUGAACAAUGGAAGACUCAAGUUGCACCAAGUGUAUCUCCCCCAUCUGAGGAAUUCGCUGAGCAAUUCGAUGGAGUUGAUGAGGUUCAGGACAGUCCAAAAAGAAACGAGUUGGCGCAAGAGAAACCACAAAACGACACUCCAAUGAAUGAUGCUAUGGAACAAAGAAGCAGCAAGGUUCAGAUGUUCACAAAGGAACAGGAAGAGGAACUGUUGAACAAGGAAGUCAGAAAGAGAGUUAUGCAAAGAAUUCGUCUAUCGAAAGCCAAAACAUCAACCACCACGACUACCGAAGCACCAACUCCAGCUCCAGAAGAGAAAGAAGAAGUUGUGAAAGCUGCUGAGGAAGAAGACGAAGAAGACGAUGUCAUUGAAGCUGAAAUGAUUGCUGAAGAAGACGAGGAGGAGGCUACCACAACCACCACUGAAGCACCAGUGACUCGUUCUCGCAGAAUCAAAAAGAACAAGAAGAGAGCUGUUGUGACCAAACAUCAAUGCUUGAACCUUCGCAGUUUUGCCCGUCAAUUCUUGUUCGACACUGUUGAGGAAUUCGCCAAGGAACACUGCUAUUUCAUCGAAAACUACUAUCCAGCUCUCACUUGUGCUCGCUCCCAAAUCUACGUUGCCAAAUGCCAAAAGUGGUUGAAGGAGGAAUAA